AACGGUUGCUGUUGUUGUUGAACUCACUUCUCGACCACUCAACCAUUGUAAGGCGAAGACGACGACGAAGAAACGAUAAGCCGUGGUCAUGGAUCCCACUGGAGCACCGUGGUCUUCUGCACAACCACGUGCUUCGGCACCUGCACCCAGCACAGGUUUGCAACGUACGUCGGCGCCCGCACAAACAACUCCAAGUAGCGUCGCGGCUGACCCCUCUGUUGCCGGCAGCUCAGCGGUCGCUACCUCCGUACCUGACCGGAGGGCACCCGUUUCACCAGCACCAGCUGCGCCGCCCUCUAUUUACAGCACGCCUCUUGCCUCCACGAAAGACUCAAGGAGGCCUGUUCCCACUACGUACGGUUAUGCGACGUCUCCGGCAUCAAGCUCUUUCGGGCCUGGUACUCACGCCGUGACUGCAGGGGCACCACUUCCUCACGCCCCUGCUGCUGAUUCCCACGUGCCCGCUUCCUCGGCGCCUACUGUUUUCUCUGCAAGUGGUACCACUUCACUUGACUAUGGAGCUACUGGAGCCCCAGGGUACCCUCCAAGCGUUCAUGCUCCCAGGGCGGAUGGUGGCUCCACGUCCUAUCGGCCUGGUUACCAGGCGUAUGGUUCCCAGACGCUUGGGUCCGCCGUGCCCAGUACAUCGGCGCCUAAUGUCGACUUACCUGAAGGCUUCAUUCCCGACCCCUACGUACCUGCUCCCUCGGUGCCUAAAGACCCUCCACCUGAUGCGGCUAUGCCUAGGUCGACCGUUCCUGACUCUGCUGUGCCUGGCUCUGCAGCGCCCGCCAUCGGCGCGCCACCUUCUGAACAAGGUCAGCAUCUUCCUGGAAACACAGGAGGAGCAGCACAGAUACCACCGGCUCCAGGCAGGCCCAACUGUACUCCUGGUCUUGAAUACUUGGCAGUCAUCGAACAGAUAGUGAUACAACAAAAAGUUGAACUUAUGGAAGUUUUUUGUGGUAUUGAAACUUGCAACUGCUACGAAGCGAAGAAUUCAGUUGGUCAGCUCAUAUACAACAUUAAGGAAAAUUCGGGAUUCUGCACCAGGUGCUGCUGCGGCCCACGGCGGUGCCUCGAGAUUGACGUGCUGGACUUCACAAACACCGCUGUGAUUCACAUUGUGCGACCCCUUCGAUGCGUACAUUGCUGCUGGUUCUGCUGCCUGCAGGAGAUGGAAGUUCAAGCUCCACCAGGAACUCCCGUCGCUCAAAUUCGGCAGCGGUGGUCUAUAUGCCACCCGUACUUUACGAUUUACACCCAGGAGGAUGAGCCGGCGUUAAAUUUGGUGGGGCCCAUCUGCACCGAGAGUGUGCCAUGUAAAUGCGACGUCAAGUUCGAAGUGCGCACUAUGAACGGUGUCGCCAUAGGCUCAGUCACUAAGGAGUGGGGUGGACUCGUCAAGGAGUACUUCACAGACACCGACACCUUCAAUGUGAGCUUUCCCCUCGACCUGGAUGUUAACAUGAAGGCUGCACUCAUCGCUGCAGCCCUGCUCAUAGAACACAGCCUUGUAACCAUGGUCAGCGCGUCAUCGUGUGCUGUUGGUAUGCUGGACUGUGCACGAGCUUCUUGAAAGCGUUCGAGUAAACUUAACUGAAUUUCUUCAUUGGACGCAGCAUGCAUUAAAUCAGUCUACCGUCACAUUUAUUGCCUGUCAUUGCGUCUCUAAGCUUCUGCUUAAGCUAUAGGUCGAGUUUCGGUGGCCUAUUCUAACAGAAUACACGAGGGAAUCGGCGUCAGAUGCUC